ACUUCUCACUCCAGCUCAGCAGGACCAUAUCAUGAGGGCAAACACAGACGGAGCUUACUAACCCUUCACAAAGAGCAUGAGGAAAAAGCUUUUCCACCCGACACCAUGCCUCUGAAGGAAGGAUCAAGUGGCRCCCACCUCUGGAUGCUGCUGUGCCCUCUGCUCUGUUCUCUGGUCACAGUGAGGGGUUCCACUCUGAGCCCUGAGGACCCACAGGUCACCACGAUGCCGGAGAACUGGGCCAACACCACGGUACCGCUGCAGCCAGACCUGCAGACUGAAGCCCAGAACCCAACAGAAGCACCAACGGAGGAGCCAACGGAGGCUCUGGCAGAGAUGCAAACUCAGAUCAUCACCAACAACUAUACAGGUCUGUCCUGUGUUCCUGCCCUGCCACCUCGCCGGGGUUCCUUCUACGUGGAGAGUGGGACGGGCGUGUCCAUUGGCAGCGUGUUGGCCUUCUGGUGCAGAGAGGGGUACCAGCUGGUCGGCAGYGACAAAAUCUACUGUGACGUCAGAAGAGGCAAGGCACAGUGGAGCAACYACCUGCCUGUUUGUGAAGCGAUUCCCAGACCAGAGGACCGUGGGCUGAGAGUGGCUGUGUUGGCUUCAGUUGUGAGUGGAAUCGUCAUUUUCGCCAUGUCCUUGUCUUUCCUCGUUUGCUGCCUGCAGGAGCGAUCUGGUCGCGACCAUGCCAAAAAAGACGGCCGAAGCAGACGCAGAGAUAAGAGAGCGAGCCGCCGYAGUGACUGCUGGCUGGAGACGGAGGAAGGAGAGUGGGAGGCGUUUCCUCCUCCUAAGAUCUUCCACCUGUCCCAAAGGAUGAAUCCUCGUCUGGCUCCCGACAGCCCCCUCUACUUGACAGGAGGCCUCAGUGGGUACGAGAACAGAGGAUACCAAAGGAGUCAGGAAAGUUUGCUGAAGGCCUCCAUGCCUGGACUGUACCGCUCUGAGUCUCAGCUCUACCCGCACAUCGUCUUACAGAGGGUCCCAACUCCGACUGCACCCUCCGCCCCUUCGGCUCCGUCCGCUCCCGUCUACCUUCAUCUUCCCCCCUCGUCGUCAGCCGCCACCUCGCCGUCGCACACCGCUGCUCAGGGCCAACCACGGAUCGUCACACAGUACCCAACGCCGACCUAUCCGCCAAACCCCAACACGGCUGUGCCCGCCUAUCCCCACCCGACACCGGCGCCCAUUUACCCCAACCCCAACRUGCCACCGCAGAGGCCGUGGCAGUAACUUCGUCUUCCAGCUCUCGUUUUCAGGGCUGUUCCCUCUUGAUCAUGCCGAAGGAACUCAGAAAAAGAAAACGUCACAGGCACGUUUCRGAGACAUGUGACGUCUUUUUACUGCUUCUUAUUCCAGAUUUUCCACACAYAGAAGUCUGCAAACACCCUGCUCCAACGCAGACAUGAAGAACAUGCAGGGACAGAAGCCCCUUUUUGAAYCUGCCCUGCUGUUAGAGCUCAACAGGAAGUGGUCUUUUUCUUUUUAAUUCAGCACAUUGCAGCUGCAAGAGGCGAUCUCAUCAGAAAUCUUCAUCAAACCGAUGARGAGGGAGAAGCAGGAAGUUGUGCACUAAAGUUUGUCUUUAAUAAAUAUUAAAGACAAACUUGUUAGGAAAACCUGUUUAGGCAGCUUCAGGAAGAUGAUUUUUUAGAUAAAAAUCCUUGUCAGUUUUUAAAAAGUUCCCACCUAUUUCAGGUUCUGUUGAGCUAACCUAGCUUUAGCUAAACCACUGGAUGUUAUAUUUUGUCUUAACCUGCUCUCCUUGAACAGAGCUGCAUGACUUCUUGAAUAAAUUGAUCGAUUUUGA